CCCGGUGUGAGUUUUCCCACCUUAUCAGACGAAUGCUAUUAAAUGAAGAAAGUAUUUAAAAAAAGAUGACAACGAAUCGUAAUCGAGAAUCCAAAGUAGGCAGUCAUGGCACUCCAUUGGAUCUGUGUGAUCGCCCUUCUUGGCGUAGUAGUGUCUGGAGACGAUAGUUGUCCAACUCCAGCAGAGCUUGCUCCUUGCACUUGCGAUGGCGAAGGACUCAACUGCAUGGGGGCUCGUACUUUGGAUGAAAUUAAAAAGGCAUUCCAAGCCAAAUUCAAAUAUGGCGGUGUCCGAUCCGUUUGGGUUCAGGGUACACCCAUAACCAAUUUGCCAGCUAACCUUUUCGGUAAUGUCAAGAGUCAACAAUUCUAUGUUGAAGUGAACAGCAUCACUACAGUGGAUGUCAGAGCUUUCAGUGCAUCGAACAAGACUCUCCACACUCUGAGUCUUUUUGGAAACAAAAUCAAGGAUUUCGAUUUCAGUGGUCUUAGCAUGUACGAAAACCUAGGUACCCUGAAUCUUGGCAGAAACGAGAUAGAAACCAUUCCUGAUAAUGCUUUCAACAGCAGAAGUUUGUACGCUAUCAUCUUGGCACAAAACAAGAUUUCUCACAUCGGCAUGAAUGCCUUUAGCAAUCUGCCUAGCCUGGGAAGACUUGAAAUGGCUUUAAAUCAAAUUACUACACUUGGACCCAUGUCACUGGCUUUCAAGUCCCAUUCUUCAGGAUUGCAGAUAAAUCUUUCAGCUAACAGAAUUUCUGACGUCUCCAGCUCCGCCUUCACUGGUUUGGAUCCAUACGCUAUCUUCUUUUCCCAGAAUCAACUGAGCUCUCUGAAGAAGGAUGCUUUUGCUAAUUUGGUUACUAAAGUCGCUCAGAAAGGCGGAUUUCUUGAAGUUUCUGCUAAUCCUUUCAGUUGCCGAGGCUGCGAUUUCUCCUGGAUAGUGGCGAACAAGGACAUUCUAGCCAGCAGGCUCAUUGGAUUCUCUUGCACUGACCGCAGAGCUAUUACCGAUCUCACCACAUCGAACAUUGGAUGCAACUGAGAAUGUAUUGUCGGAAUAUGCUGUCGAACAGAAUGUAAAUAAAAUAUCUGGAAAAUAUCGUGUAUGAAAAAUAUUUUUUUGAAUUUAUUCUGUUAUAAAAAUGAUUUUAACUUA